AAAAGCUAGGGUUUUGUGUUUUCUGCGUAGGAUGUCAGACUAUUUGCCUGAUAGCGUUCUGCCGGAAAUCCUUUGCAGGCUGCCUGUCAAAAGCCUUUUACGAUUUAGGUGUGUAUCGAAGCAAUGGUGUUCUCUCAUUUCUUCUCCUCAUUUCAUCUCCUCUUACUUAUCUCACUCCCUAUCGAUCACUUCUUAUGCCAAUCCCCUUAUCCUCCUUCGCCACUUCUCCUUCGAACCCAAGAACCAAGGACAAGAACACUACUCAGUCUACUUUGACCCUUCAAAAACUGAAAAUCUGACCCUUGUUAAAGAACUCAAAUUUCCCUUCAAGACUAGGUCCGGGCACCACUUUAGAGUUGUGGGUUUCUGCAAUGGUCUAUUUUGCCUCUCUGAUGAUUUCAAGGGAAAAACAUAUACUAUCAUUCUCUGGAACCCAGCUAUUCGCAGAAGUAUCACCCUCCCUAAGCCUACUCAUGUUCAGUUUGGUUCAUACGGCCCUCACAUCUGCCUUGGGUUUGGGUUUGAUCCGAAAACUCAUGAUCAUAAAGUGGUGAGGAUAGCCUAUUUGCAUGACGAUCAUGAAGCUACUACAGGACUGCCUUCUAAAGUUGAGGUCUAUAGUUUAAGUACUGGUUUGUGGAAAACAGUCAACUCAAAGAUUCAUUGUAAAAUUAUUGAGUAUGUCUAUACUAGUGUCUAUUUAAGUGGGGCUAUUCAUUGGAUUUCCUAUACAGAGAAUGAAGGUGGGGAAUUCACUAAUAGCCUGUUGGUUUUUGACCUAAGUAAAGAGAAAUUUAGUGAAAUAGGUUUGCCUCAAGAGCUAGUUCAAGUUUCUCCUUUUGAUUUGUCUGUACGCUUGUGUGGGGGUCAAAUUUCUAUGAUUUGGUUAAAAAAAGGCUGCGAUUGUGGUGAA